AUGGGUUUACUGAGUAUUCUGGCCGCUAGCCUUUCAACGACACUGCUCACCAGUUUCGUUUUGGCACAGAGCACGAUUCCGGCCUGGGGACAAUGCGGCGGUAAUGGUUGGAGCGGCGCCACGACUUGCGUGAGCGGCUACACCUGCUCAAUCCUCAAUCCAUUCUAUCAUCAGUGCAUCCCGGGGUCCAGCACCCCUACGAUCACUUCCGCCGGGCCCGUCUCUACUUCAACCACGCCCGUCAUAACACCUACCGACACCCGCACGACCACCCGCGCUUCAACGACUCUCACCACCGUAACCACCACAGCAGCAGGUGGCGGUGGCACCGUGCCCACAACUCUGGUCUCAGGGUGGUACUGGAUUCGUGCCGUCGCCUCGCCCAACUUCCACAGCUAUCUCCAGGCCAAGCCCACCCUCACGCCCAGCAAAGCCUACCUCGAGGCCCCCAGCAGUGCGGGCCAGUUCAAGAUAGAUGCCGGUCAACUGGUUCAUCUGACAGGGCCAUCCUCCCUGUACCUCAACGUCGAGAACCCAACAGACAAGACGCAGCGGAAGCUUGAGACGUGGUUCAGCACGAGCAAAAAUACAUACGGUACGUUCGCCUUUCAGGGCGAUACUCUCACGUGGAGCACGCCAGACAUCAACCGCCCGAAUCUUGCUGCGUGGCUUGUCUGUGAGAACCAGCAGGUUUUCAUCAACACGGGGGCAUAUUUAUACCAGACGCCUGCCGGGUGUUUUGACCAGACUAUACACUCGUACGGGGGGUCUACGGCGGACCUCUGA